AGCGCCACCAGCAACAACAGCCAUAAACAACGCUCGCCCUCAUAAAUCCAUCACCCACGUAUUGUUUUUUUUUUUUUCAAACGGGACAAAGAGAGUGGGAGAGAGAGAGAGAGAGUUUUCACCUGAUUGAUAGUAUUUGAAAUAUGGCACGUGUCGCCUUUUUACUAUUAACUCUACUCAUCGAAGUAUUUGACUGGUCCCAUGGGGUUCCUUGGAGAACUUUCAAUAGUUACACGGCAAUGAUGAAAAAAAGUUCGGAAAUGGAUCGACUCUGUCCAAAGGUGACAGCCAUGCGAAAUUUCAACUUGGAAGCCAUGAUGGGCUGCUGGCAUGUCGUCCAAUAUUAUGCUUCCACCGAGGAAUUACCUGAAUACGCCUGCAUGAAGAGUCACUUUGGAUUCUCUACAGCGGAUAAGCAUAUAACCAUGAAUUUUAGCUUCAUCUUUGCUGAAGAUCCGUUGCGCGAAAAGCUUCAGGGUAAUAUCACUUGGAUGAUACCCAGUUUCGAGAAUCCCGAUCCCAUGGCACCGAGCAUCGAGACGCCGGCUCAUUGGAUUCAUACGGAGCAUAUAUAUAAAGGCAUCUACAAUACAUAUGUCAUCGAUACGGAUUACACAUCAUGGGCUCUGAUAAUGCAUUGUGCCGAAAAGGAGAAACAUCCAAGAUAUCUAUCCGCCUUGCUAUUGUCACGUCAGCCCACUUUGGGCGAGAAUUAUAUAACGUAUUUGCGAGAGAAGCUAAUACCCUAUCAUAUUGAUUUGUCCUUCAUGUUUCCCAUUAAUCAGAGCUCAUGUGAUCAUUUGAUGGAAUCUAGCAAUGAUGAUCCAUUGGCUUAUAUAGUGAAUGGUCGUAAAACGGAGAAAGAAAUGUUCAAGGUUAUAAAUCAAGCUUAAUCCUUAAACAUAAAUA